AUGAAUAAACAUGAAUCAAUAAAAAAUCGUAUAAUACAUAACAUACACAAGAAAAUUACAAAAGGAAAGAAAGAUGAAAAUACAGACACACAUGAAACUAGUAAUAGUAUGCAUGACAUAAGUGGGGGAUCCUUUGUUGAUCUUCGAGAAAGUCAUAGUAGUAAUGAAGAUCAAAAAAGUGAAAAUGAUAAAGAAAAUAAAGCUUGUAAUGUAGAAAAUGAAGAAAGUAAUGACGAUAACCAAUAUUUAACUCACUAUAAUGAUGGGUAUUUAAGAAGUUUUCUUAAAACUACAGUUGUUAGCCCAUGUUUGAAUGCUCUUUUAGGGACUAAAGUAAUUUCUUUUUUAAAUGAAAAGGAAAGAAACAGAGUUUCAAUGACAUGUAAACUUUUAUUUGUUGAAGUUCAUUCAAUAAAUAAUCUAAAGCAAUUAUAUAAAAAUAAAUUCAUAAAAAAUAGCCAAAGAAAAUUUAUUUGGAAAGCUAUAUUAUUAGCCGAAAAUAUUUAUAUAAAUGAAGAACAAUAUAGUGAACUUCAAAAAAAAAAUAGUUCUUAUGAUAAUAUAAUUGAAAAAGACAUUGAUAGAACUUUUCCAAAUAAUCCAUAUUUUUUAAAUCGAAAAGAAGAUAUACAAAAUAAAUUAUCAAGUAUAUUAAAAAUAUGCUCAUUAUAUUUUAAAGACAUAGGUUAUUGUCAAGGUAUGAAUUAUGUUGCUGGAAUAUUGUUAUUAGUUUUUCAAAACAAUUUAGACGCAAUACGUUGUUUUAUUGCAUUAUUAAAAGGGUUUAAUUUAAAAGGCAUGUUUAUAUAUAAAUUUCCACAAUUAAAAAAAAUUAUAUAUCAAUUAAAUAUAUUAAUAAAAACUUAUAUGCCUAAAUUGUUUUAUUAUUUUAAAAGAAAAAAAAUAAAAAUCGAUUUCUUUUGUAUAAAUUGGUUUAUGACAUUAUUUUCUCAAGAUUUAAGUUUUGAAAAUACAUUAAAAUUAUGGGAUAUGUUUUUUUUAUUUGGUAUUAAAAUUUUAAUUAAAUUUAGUCUAGCUAUUUUAUAUCAUCAUCAACAAAAAAUUCUGACCAUGUCAUACGAUCAAGCUUUAAUUUUUCUCAAGUCCAUUACUAAAUUACCAUUUACUAAUUACCUUUUUGAAGAACAAAACUUUUUUAAAUAUUUAAAUAAAUUUAAAGUAACUAAUCGCAUGUUAAGACAUAUUAUAUUAUUCAAAAAAAAUAAUGAAAAGGUAGAAAUCCAUGUUGAAAAAAAAAAUAUUGGCAAGGUUAAGUGGUCUUUUUUGUUAAAGCAAAAUUCAAAAAAAUUCAAAAAUAAAAAUUUUAAUAAUACCACACACAUAAAUAAAAUAUCAUUUUUUGAUAAGUUGAUCGAUAUUAUAGCUUAUAAAGCUUCCUCUAUAAUGAUACCAAGAGAUAAUCCUACCCUAACUUAUAAUGAUCAGCAAAAUAGACAAUAUAAAUAUAACAGCGUAGGUGCAAACCUUUAUACUCCUAAUUUUCAAUUACCCACACUAGAUUAUGAAAAUAAAUCACCUGACCAUUCAUAUUCAAAUGAAAUACUAGCUAAUAAUAAUAGUUGCCUUGGAAUUAAUUUUAAUACUAAUUUAUUAUGUGGCAUUACCCAAAAAACGGAAAUCGAACAAGAUUACCAAGACGAUAAAAGAGAAUAUAUUGUACCUGACCAACUCCCUUUAAUGGAAUCAAAUAUGUAUUUUGACUUUAAUUUGACAAAAUAA